AUUUACAGUAGACGGCGGCAAUCUAAUCUUAUCUCCGCCCCGAGUCAAAGCGAUCCUCUCCUGAAGACUCUUGAGUCUGCCGCCCAGCAUGUCGUCGCCGUACUCGCCCCGCCGCCGCACACCCUCUCCCCUCUCGCCAUGCCCUCUCCUACCGCAGGCCGCAUCCUGAGCAUCCAGUCCCACGUCGCCUUUGGCUACGUCGGUGGCAAGGCCGCCGUCUUCCCGCUGCAGUGCCUCGGGUACGACGUCGACGUCGUGAACACGGUGAACUUCUCGAACCACUCUGGGUAUGGCCGCUUCGGUGGGUCGAGAGCGACCGCGGCGGAGCUCGCGAAGAUGUUUGAGCUGAUGGAGCAGAAUGGACUGUUGCUCUGCGAGAGGCUUCUCACCGGAUAUGUUCCUGGGGCAGAAGCCCUGGCUGCUGUCAAGGACCUCGCGAUCAGAAUGAAGCAAAAAAACCCAGAACUGAUCUACCUCCUUGAUCCCGUCCUGGGCGACUCGGGCAAGCUUUACGUCUCACCGGAAUGCAUACCCAUCUACCGCGAAGCGCUGCAAUACUCCACCGUCAUCACGCCCAACUGGUUCGAAGUAGAAGUACUAACGGACACCAAGAUAACCGACCCCGCCUCGCUGCGCAAAGCCCUGCGCGUGCUGCACGAAACCUACCACGUCCCCAACGUCGUCAUCUCCUCCAUCCCGCUCAAAGUCUGGCUCCGCGCCGCGCUCCCGUCCUCCGCGCAGCCCCCACACACCACCAACACCGACGCGGACUUCCUCGCAUGCAUCGCAUCCUCGACCGAGGGCACGCCGGGGAGCGAGGGUGGGACGGCCCCCUCCGCGGUGCACGCGCGCUGCAUACCGUGCUUGCCCGGCUAUUUCUCCGGCGUCGGCGACCUCUUCUCCGCACUUGUCCUGGGCCACUUCCAGCCCGCGCCCUCCGUCCCCUCCUCCUCGCCCGCGCCCUCUGGAGAGGCGGAGGAGUCGCCCCUCGCGUACGCGGUCGCCCAUGCGCUCAGCAAGACGCACGCGAUCCUCACGCUCACGCACGAACAUGCGAAGGACCUGCCCGAGGACGACCGGCUCCCGACAGACGAGGAGCUGGACGCGCGCGAGCCGGAGAGGAAGGUGCGGCGGAUGAGGGGGCGCGAGCUGAGGUUGAUCCAGGGGCAGGACGUCCUUCGCGGGGCGAACAAGACGGAGUACUUCCGGAUGGUGCCUUGGACAGGCUUCUGGGACGAGCCAUAGAUCUUAGAGUGUCUGAAUGGAUGCUUGGAUUGCGACGCAGCGCGUGUAUGUAGAUUGGGUAGGAUACAUUGACAAGAAAGGAUAGAUGUACAGUGCUUUGUUCCUGAGCCCACUACUAUUAGUGUGAUAUCCUGUCCUGGUGUCAGUCUCCGGGAGUUCGAGUCUGAGGCGAGCGCGUCCGCAGUUGUUUCCGCCGUCGCUUCCGCCAGAAG